GAAAAGUAUAAACAUCCUUCGAGAAGUGUUUUAUUUAAUGUUUGUUUAUUUGUGGAUGACAGACAUUUUCCCGAUAAUCGGACUGAGUGUAUUACAGUAAUAGUUUUCUUUCGAACACAACACUCAAUCACACGUAUUCUGGAGCAACCAUGCAUGACCGCUGACAUUUUAUAAACGAGACGCUCCUCUUUUCAUUAAAGGUUGUUGCAUAUAUUUUGGCUAUUUCAGUAUGACCACUCUGACGAGGCAGGAUCUUAAUUUUGGCCAAGUUGUUGCUGACAUUCUGUGUGAGUUUUUGGAAGUGGCCAUUCACCUCAUCCUAUAUGUCAGAGAGAUUUAUCCAUCUGGUAUUUUUCAGAAAAGGAAGAAAUACAACGUGCCUGUGCAGAUGUCAUGUCAUCCUGAGUUAAAUCAGUACAUUCAAGACACGCUCCAUUGUGUCAAGCCACUGAUAGAGAAGAAUGAGGCUGAGAAGGUUGUAGUGGUGAUCAUGGAUAAAGAGCACCAUCCAGUGGAGAGAUUUGUGUUUGAGAUCUCACAGCCGCCUCUGCUGUCCAUCAGCUCAGAGACUCUGCUGUCUCAUGUGGAGCAACUGCUGAGAGCGAUGAUCUUAAAAAUCAGCGUAUGUGAUGCUGUUCUAGACAACAAUCCUCCAGGAUGCACAUUCACAGUGCUGGUACACACCAGGGAAGCUGCCACAAGAAACAUGGAGAAAGUUCAGGUCAUCAAGGAUUUUCCAUGGAUUGUAGCAGAUGAGCAGGAAGUUCACAUGGAAGAAGCAAAACUCAUUCCUCUCAAAACGAUGACUUCUGAUAUCCUCAAGAUGCAGCUCUAUGUAGAAGAAAGAACACUGAAAACUUGAUGCUCUGCAAACACACGAAACCAUCUGUAGGUGUUUAGCAUAGGAAGCACCUUUUUUUUUUUUUUUUUUUUUAAGUUAACAACAAACUUAUUUAUAAGUUAC